CUGGAUCAGAGGAGAUCUCAGUCGGAACCAGAGAGGAGAGGCGGUCUGUCGGCAUCUCUGCAGCCUCCCCGCCGCUUCACCAUGGAUCUGCGGACUAUAAGGUUGUUUGGGAUUACCGCUCGGGUCGCCCUGCUGCUGUGCGGGGUGAGCGGGACAGCAGCGCAAGAGGUGUGUGACAGCGCGCUGGUUUCCAAUCUGCCGCCGUCAUCCUUCAGGAGCUCCUCCCAGCUGUCCAGCAGCCAUGCACCGGGUUUCGCCAAGCUCAACCGGAGAGACGGCGCUGGAGGCUGGUCUCCUCUUAGUUCGGACAGGUAUCAGUGGCUGGAGGUCGACUUGGGUGAGCGAACCAAGAUCACAGCUGUCGCCACUCAGGGCCGCUACGGCAGCUCUGAUUGGCUGACGUCUUACCAACUGAUGUUCAGCGACACGGGACACAACUGGAAGCAGUACAGACAGGAGGACAGCAUAGGGUCUUUUCCAGGUAACUCUAACGCAGACAGUGUGGUUCAGUACAAGCUGCAGCAGCCUGCAGUCGCUCGCUUCCUGCGCCUCAUUCCUCUGGACUGGAAUCCCGCCGGGCGGAUCGGACUGCGCCUGGAGGCCUACGGAUGUCCUUACACCUCAGAUGUGAUGAGCUUCGACGGCGGCAGCAGCCUGACGUACCGACCGGGUCCGGUGCCGAGGCAGGGGUCGAAGCAGGUCAUCUCCCUGAAGUUCAAAACCCUGAGGAACUCCGGGACGCUGCUGCACGCUGAAGGGCGGGAAGGGUCGGGCCUCAGCCUGCAGCUGGAGAGGGGGAAGCUACAGCUGCUGCUCAGACAAGGCACCUCUUCGUCCUAUGAGCCCCGACGGCUGACGUCCGUCGGUAGCCUGCUGGACGACCAGCACUGGCACCUCGUCGUCCUGAGACAGAGAAACUCCCAACUCAACCUCACUGUGGACAAGCACACACAGACAGUCCAAACCCAUGAAGAGUUCAGCCUCUGGGACGUCAAACUGCUGAUUGUAGGAGCAUCGCAGAAUCCAAACUUCCAAGGCUGCCUGGAAAACCUGAUGUACAACGGUGUUAACGUAACAGAACUAGCUAAGAACAACGACCAGCAGGUUAGCAUAAAGGGCAACGUGACCUUUUCCUGCGCCGAGCCGGUUCACGUUGCUGCGACGUUCCCGGGACCCCACAGCUUCCUCCGGUUGCCGUGGACGAUGCCGUCCGCGUCAUCGGGGAUGUCCGUAGGGUUUCAGUUCAGGACGUGGAACGAGGCCGGGCUUCUGCUCACCUUUGACCUCCCAAGGCAAGGAGGCGAGGUGUGGCUGUACCUGGCAGAGGCAAGACUCCACCUGCAGAUGCAGAGAGGAGGCAGAGCGCUGCUGGAGCUCAGCUCCGGAUCUGGGUUGAAUGAUGGUCAGUGGCAUUCGGUGGAUCUGACCUCCAGGCGCGGCCGCCUCACCGUCUCUGUGGACAAGCAGGAAACUGGCGUCGCUCACGCGUCUCCCUCGUUUCCUGUCUCAGUGUCAAACCAGAUCUUCUUUGGAGGUUGUCCUGCUGAAGAUUAUAACCAGGAAUGUAAAAACCCUCACAACACUUUCCAGGGCUGCAUGCGUCUCCUCGCUUUGGACAACCAGCCAGUCGACCUCAUCAUGGUGCAGCAAAGGCUUCUGGGAAACUACAGCCAACUCCAGAUCGACAUGUGCGGCAUCAUCGACAGGUGUUCUCCCAGUCACUGUGAACAUGGCGGCCUCUGCAGUCAGACCUGGACCGUCUUCCACUGUAACUGCUCCGACAGCGGCUACAGCGGCGCCACCUGCCACAGCUCUGCGUAUAAGCAGUCCUGUGAAGCGUACAAACACAGCGGCAACACGUCAGGAUAUUUUUACAUCGACGUGGACGGCAGCGGACCCAUCAAGCCACAGCUGGUCUACUGCAACAUGACAGAUGAGAACACCUGGAUGGUGGUCCAGCACAACAACACAGAGCUGACCAAAGUUCGACCCUCUCCGGGGGAAAUCCAGCAUUUGGUUCACUUUGACUACAUGUCUGAAGAGGAGCAACUAGCUGCCAUCAUCCACCAAUCAGAGCAUUGCCAACAGGAACUGUCCUAUCAGUGCAGGAAGUCCCGCCUACUCAACACUCAAGAGGGGUCUCCGUUCAGCUGGUGGCUGGGCGGGCCCGGUACCGGACUGGUCCAGACGUACUGGGGAGGAGCUCAUCCAGGCAGCCAGCAGUGUGCCUGCGGCCUGCAGGGCGACUGCGUGGAUCCGCAGCUUUACUGCAACUGUGACGCCGACCGGAUGGAGUGGAGCGAAGAUUCUGGUUUUAUUUCCCAUAAGGAGAGCCUGCCGGUCCGAUCGCUGGUGCUCGGUGACGUUCAGAGGCCCGGUUCAGAAGCUGCUUACAGGGUGGGGUCGCUCCAGUGCCAUGGCGACAAAAACUUCUGGAACGCGGCGUUUUUCGACCAGGAGACGUCGUACCUCCACUUCCCCACCUUCCACGGAGAGCUGAGCGCAGACGUCUCCUUCUUCUUUAAGACCACGGCUUCCUUCGGGGUGUUCCUGGAAAACCUGGGAAUCAAAGACUUCAUCCGCAUCGAGCUGAGCUCCUCCACUCAGGUUGUCUUCUCCUUCGAUGUUGGAAACGGCCCACUGGAGGUUAGCGUUGAGUCGAUCUACCCGCUCAACGACGACCGGUGGCAUCGCGUCCGAGCCGAGCGGAACGUGAAGGAGGCGUCGCUCCGUCUGGACGACCUUCCUGUCGCCACCCAGGAGGCUCCCGCUGACGGACACAUCCACCUGCAGCUCAACAGCCAGCUCUUUAUAGGAGGCACGGCGUCCAGGCAGAGGGGUUUCAGAGGCUGCAUCCGCGCUCUGCAGCUGAACGGUGUUACUCUGGACCUGGAGGAGAGGGCAGAGAUGACGCCCGGCGUUCAGCCUGGCUGCCCGGGUCACUGCAGCAGCUACGGCUCGCUGUGCCAGAACCAGGGCUGCUGUGUGGAGAGAGCCGCUGGCUUCCUCUGCGACUGCAGCCUGUCGGCUUACGCUGGAGUCUUCUGCCAGACAGAGGUGUCAGCCGACUUUAAAUCUGGGACGUCGAUCAGCUACGCCUUCAAAGAGCCCGACGAGCUGAGCAGAAACGGCAGCGACCUGCCCUCCUCCAUCUACUCUGACCCGCUUCCCCGAGGAGAAAACGUCUCUCUGAGCUUCAGGACGACUCAGAGUCCGGCGCUGCUGCUCCACGUCGGCUCCCACUUCAACCAGUAUCUAGCUCUGCUCAUCAACAGGCACGAUGAGCUGGAGCUGAGGUACAAGCUUGACGGCGGCAGAGCUGCAGAGGUGCUGAGGAGCAGCAUGAGGGGGCUGGCCAACGGGCUGCUGCACACCGUUACCAUCAGGAGGUCGGCCGACUCCGUGGCCAUGCAGAUCGACGGUAACGCCAGAGAGGACUUCAACCUGAGCUUCGCUGGAGAACUCGGCAGCCUCAGGUCUCUCGUUUUGGGCCGAGUGUCGGAUUCGGACUCCUUGGAUCCGGACCUGGCUCGGCUCGGCGCGCUCGGCUUCGCCGGCUGUCUUUCUGUGGUUCGGUAUAACUCCAUCAGCCCUCUGAAAGCGGCUCUGCUCCACCCGGACACCAGCCCAGUCGUCGUCCUCGGACCUUUGGUCCGGUCCAACUGCGGCUCGUCGGCUUCAGCCAAUCCCUACUCAGCUGAGAACACGCACCACCUGUCAGCUUGAGCCUUUCAAAGAUGGCUGACCUCCGCCUUAUCUCCCCAUACCUCCUUUGUCCCUCAGGAGGUUUUCCAGUCAUGCCUCACUGAGCCUGAGGCAAAAACAGGACUUGCUGAAGGUAAGAGAUAUUUCUUUUGGCAUGGGAAUGUUUGAGAUCUUCUUGAAUCAGCCGGAGAGAGGAAUGUAUGUGUUUCCCAUCUGAACCUGAACCAGGUAACUUUGGACGCCAGCAACGUGUUGUUUAUGUCUUUGAUUAUUUUUACAAUGCUGGCUUGUUUGUGUGAACAAAAGGUUGGAAAUGUUCCUGUUUUGUAUGAAUAAGAAUAAUUUUAUUCACAUACACACAAGGUGGAGAAACCUGGACUCAUAACCUUAUUUCCCAACAGACCAAGCUGAUUUGAGAAACUACGAGGCAUUAAUUUGCUAAUUUUGCAGUCUUUUUCAUACACCAUCAAGGGUUACAUUUAGUCACCAUGUCCUCCGUUGUCCUGCGGUGUGUUUUUCUCAUGGGAUCCACUUGUAAAAAUGCGUGUUUUCCAAAUGCCACAGAGCUGAAUGUCCCAUCAGGGAACAAUAAAACUGAUUUCAAAAGCAAAUGAAACAGCCUCACGCUGCUGAAUAAAAUUAACUGCCCCACCAGGGUCACUUUGGCCCGGUCACGAAUACGCUGCUGGAAACUUUGUCGUGUCUCGAACAUCCUCUCGGGAAUUCAUGGGGUGUGUGAAAUUUGAAGUUAGAAGAUGCAAAGUUGCCGUCAGGGGUGAUGAUAAAUCGCCUCAGAGACUCCAAACAACUCAAACAAGGACAAACACAAUCUGAUCUGGACAGUAGGGAGACCAGAGAAUCGCAUCGAAGCAGAGGAACCCCGGCGGCGAAUCCCCACUGUCUGACCUGCAGAGUCACGGGUCAAUGAGCGAGACGGCACUGUGGCUGAGGAAAAUCAAAACAGAAUUUGAAAUGUUUUCAAGGAACUCUGCAGCAAACCGUCAAACAAUAAUUAGUUUUGCUGCCUGAAGUGUGAGGCAGAGUGACCAGACAGCUGGGUAGUAAAACUGCAAAUGUUGGCGAAUGAGACGGUAAGAUAUGGAGCUCCAACUGGUUCAGGAAAAAAGAAAUGGUGGAUAGACGGAUAAAGUAUGGAGUCCGUGUGUUUUAACCUCUAAAAUAGAGAGUUGUUACGGAUUUGUAUUGUCAGUAGUAGUUAGCACAACAACAAUCCCACUGGUUUAUCAACUUUUAGCUAGAACAUCUUCAACUGCAUUGAUGCACAAAUUCCAGUUCCAAAUAUUUUAUAGAUGUUAAGUCAUUUUGAAUUUUCACCUGAUAUAGCUUUGGGAUAAGUUUAACUAACUUCUCUUUUGUCAGUCUGAAGUGAUUUGAAGUAGGUAAGUUGAUUAAUUAAUUUUAUUUUAUAAGGUCAUAACGUCAGAUUAUUAUAUCUUUUUUACUUUACGC